GAAGAAGGCAGUGGAAGGGUCUCCAUUCUGUUUAAAGCUGGCCUUGUACAAGACAGUAGCUACCCACCUGGAACUGGAGAGAGCAAAAGUUGCAUUCUCAAAUACAAGUACUGUCGCUGAGGAUCACUACCUGUGCGCAACAAACGAUGGGAGGCGAGUACAAGAAGCAAGUCCUCGUUCUGGUCUCCAACACGAACUUCAAUCGAGGGCAAGUCCAGAACCAGAAUCGUGCCGUCAGUCUCUUGAAUGCUCGAGGGAUUUCUUUCGAAACGCUGGAUGGGGCUGAUCCGACGAACAAAGAACUCCGCGACAAGCUUUUCGAAAUCAGCGGAGUCCGAGCAAACUACCCUCAGUUCUUUCUAGUGGACGGCAGCGACAACAUUCCUCGAUUCUUGGGCGACUGGGAGAAGGUCGAGGCGCUCAACGAUGCGAGUAGCCUUCCGGAUCAUAUUCUGGAAUCCAAUCCCUCAAUUGUGACUUGGCAGAAUGUUCUCGGGUGAGCAUACGUCUAAAUUUGGGGUUUAUUGUUUGUUAGAAUCAUAUCCAUUUGUGGGAACUGCUGUCUUCAAAGACUGUAUAGUAGAGAAGUUCGCAGGAAACCAACAAGUAGCGUAAGUCGUUUUUUACCCU